UGCACACAGUUUCUUAUACUACGGUACCAACUAUUCAAUUCACAGACUUUCCAUCUAACAAUGCAAUAAAAAAGAGAAACAUCGAACAGUAUAUAUAGAUCUGUAUUUGUAAAUCCCGAUCAUCGAUUGACUGUGAUUGAAGUAAAGCAUUUUUCUACUACUGAUAAGUAGUCUUCAUAAACCCAGAAACAAUUAAAAGUUGGACAGACCUCUUGUUGAGCUGAUGUCAGAAUGACUUCAACCAGUUCUAGUUCAUCAAAAGCUUCUGAUUUCAGUAAUUUGUCAAAUGAAGAACUAUCUAAUCAAUAUUAUACGACCCAAGUCGCUGAUUCUAUUUUCACAGUUCUAAAGAGAUACCAAAAUUUAAAACCUAUUGGAUCUGGAGCACAAGGAAUGGUAUGUGCUGCCCAUGAUGUCAUUAAAAGUGAAAAUGUUGCAAUUAAAAAGCUUAGCAGACCUUUUCAAAAUCCGACACAUGCAAAACGUGCUUACAGGGAACUUGUUCUAAUGCGUGCGGUCAAUCAUAAGAAUAUAAUUCGUCUAUCACAUGUCUUUUCUCCACAGAGUACAUAUGAUGAUUUUUCACAUGUAUAUCUAGUAAUGGAACUGAUGGAUGCAAGCCUUUGUCAAGUAAUUCAGAUGGAUCUUGAUCAUGAGAGACUAUCAUAUCUUCUGUAUCAAUUAUUAUGUGGAAUAAAGCAUCUGCACUCUGCUGGUAUCAUACAUCGAGAUUUGAAGCCAUCUAACAUUGUAGUGCGAUCAGACUGCACUUUAAAAAUUCUAGAUUUUGGACUUGCCCGAGCUGCUGGAGGAGGCUUUACAAUGACACCAUAUGUUGUCACUCGAUAUUACAGAGCACCAGAAGUAAUUCUGGGAAUGGGCUAUCAAGAAGUUGUUGAUAUAUGGUCAGUUGGGUGCAUAUUUGGUGAAAUGAUCAGAGGCGUUGUAAUAUUUCCUGGAAAUGACCAUAUUGAUCAAUGGAACAAGAUAACUGAACUUCUUGGAACUCCCUCACAAGAUUUUAUCAACAAGCUUCAACCUUCUGUUCGUAAUUAUGUUCAAGCUCGACAAUUCCAACGUGGGCAUGCGAUAGAUAAAAUUUUUCCUGAUGAACUGUUUCCUGAAGAUUCGAGUUCUAAUCCAAGACUUCGUGCAAGUCAAGCAAGAGAUUUAUUAGCACAAAUGUUGGUUGUUGAUCCAGCUGGUCGUAUAACUGUUGAUAAAGCUUUAAAACAUCCCUAUAUUAAUGUGUGGUACGAUCCGAGUGAGGUAGAGGGACCUCCACCGAAAAUAUUUGAUGAAAGUAUAGAUGAAGCAGAAUACACUGUUGAAAAAUGGAAAGAAGUUAUUUGGAGAGAAGUUGUUGGUUGGGGGAAGAGUGAUGAAAAUAAUAUACCUGUUGUUUCGAAUCCUUCAGAAAAUCUCAAACCUGAUUCAAGUUUAGGAGACUCCAAGAAAGAGAGAGGACCGGAAGAAAAAGCAAGUGAGAAGGCUGCUUGAUAUUCAUGUUCAUAUACAGGUUCCAAACAGGACCGGUUCUACUUUUUUUUUGCCUAGUUGGUAAUUUUUAUAAUAAAAGUACACUCUUUGGCUAAAACAAAGUUGUCUGCUGCCUUGUUGCUUAUUUUGUAAGUCUAUAUGUGCUUAGUUCAAGCAUGUAACAUUUGCACCAGUUUUUAGGACUGUCAAGUGUAGGUACUAAUUUUGCUAUUGAUAAUUGUGGUGAAAUAUUUUUAUGUAUAAUAUUGUGGUUUCUACUUGGUUUCCUCUCAAUUCAAAAAUUUUUGUUCUAUUAUGGGUCAUGCUUCACUGAAAUUAUACCGGUACACCAGGACUGGGAACAUUCGCCUACACCAGGGACUUGUCACCUUAAUAAUUUAUGUUUACUUGGAAACAGUCUUGGUAUUUCUCGUUUGGAUAGGAUAGGAUUUAUAUAUUUAUCCCGGGGAAGGGGAAAGCCAUUAGGAUGGCUUUCGUCAUAUGGUGAACCACGGCCUCUCGACCGGUUACCAUCCCAUGUCGGUUUGUGAUUAUUUAGCCAGUUAUUUUGUUUUUAGAUGCAUGAACUUGGUGGUGGAGGAAGACAUACUGUAACUGACCAGCGGUUGCAUGACCACCCUACCACGGAGACGAGUCCAGCGAUCCCCUCUCACAUAAAUAAGGUACCACCCCACAGGAUUCAAACCUGGUAAUCCGUGCAGGGUAAUUAGAGGUGCCGUGGCAAGCAUAUUCCUAACGUUUAGCGGAAUGCACCACACCGGGAGCAUGCUCCAAAAACUUUAAUGAAACUUUAAUAUAUACACAAAAUUUUGAACUAGUCUUAGGCAAUUGAUGACUCCCUUGACCUUGAUUGUAUCAGAUAAAUUUGCAAACAUAUGACGAAAAAAAAAACUUUGCCUCCCCUUGGAUAUGCGUUCUUAAAUUUUACAGCAAAACCAAAUGUCAAUUGCUUACCCUUAGUGUCCGUCGGCCCUAAACCGACCACAUGAACAAUUACGAUAUGGUGUGCGAAUUUCUAAAAAUCAAGGGCAUUUAUUAAUUAUGUAGUAGAACGUGAGAUAUAUUAUUCGAAUAUGUUAAUCCAACUUGUAUAAUUUACAACCAACACUGGUGAUUUUCCCUCAGCCGAUAAAAGUUGUAAUUGGAAAGUAAAAUCUGACUAAGUUUAUGAGCAUACCACACAAGUUAGAAGAUUGUUUUAAUAUUUAUGCAAUUUGGCGAACUCCAAUAUUCAGUUGAACUACUGAAUCCCUGGCAGAUAAUUGUUUCGUUUCAAUUUUGGAUUACCUUUCAGACAGCCCUCAUUGUAUUUUUCAAAUAUUCGCAUUCAUGCCGUACUGUCCUUUGUAGGUCCUUUUAAUCUGUAGAUUGCAAAAAUAGAAAAUGUUGAAAACUUCGUGUGAUAGAAAUUAUUAUUAUUAGAUUCGUGUUCGUGUGAUAGAAAUUAUUAAAAACAUCUGAUUAUUAACAAUCAUUUUACAUUUCAUGAAUUUAGUAUGUAAGUGAAUCACACAAUUUGGAUUUUAUCAUUAUUUAUCUCAUAUUUAACGAUUGCUAUAAACUAUAGCCCCCUAUGAUAUGCUGUGUUACAGUAUUUUGUUUUUGCUAUGAUUCGAGGUUAAUCUUGGGUUUGUUUCGCAUAAUGAUAAAUAUUUGGUUCUCUUCUUUACUUCUUAAUUUACUCAAUAUUUUAUUUUUGUGAUACUUUUUAGUUCAACUUAAUUCCCUUGCAUUUGUAUUGUUCUAGUAAAUAUUUAAUGUAUCUGAUUGUAAGCAACUUAAUUAAUAACCACACUGAUAUAGUAAUCAUGUAAAAUUUCCUCUCAUAUUUUAUUGCCAUAAAUAUUUUGUGCAUUCC